UGAAUUUAAAGGCAAAAGACGGGCAAUGAAAAAAUGGAUUAAAUAAAACUUUUUGUUUAGUUUUAAGAAUAAUUUGAUAAUCAUGAAUAAUGAUGCUGAAAAUGGUACAGACAGUCAAACUCCCGUCCGUACUUAUCGACGGAUGGGAGAAAGUGCCAUGAAAAAAGUUGUGAUCCUUGGAGGCUCAACAUUACUUUGUAUUCUAUUUUCCUUAAUCAUCACAGUCAAUGUUAUUGAUACGGAAUGGGAAGCGAAAGAGAAGUUGAUUUCCCUUAUAAUCUCAACAAUAGGUCUAGUUAUAUUUUUUACUGUUAUCAUUACUUACAUCAUAUUUCAUGCAAAGAAAGGAAGGCGUGACAAUUCAGAAGAUAAUACGAUAACAGAACCACAAGCAAUUCCUGACAAUCCUCCUACAUAUGAUGAUAUUAUGGGAAAGCUUCCAAGUUACGAGAGUUAUAGUAAAAGUACUGCAAAAAAUAUCUCAAGUAAUGAUUACGUUUGUCAUGUGUGACAAAUAAGGAAAAAAGCUAUAAAAAUCAUUUGAGCGCGUAAAAAUUGUGAUAAAAGUAAUCGUAAUUUAACAAAAAAAUUAGGUUUAAUUUUUUAACGAGAAACUCUAAUUUUAAGAUUGAUUAAUUAGGAUAAAAAAAUUUCAAUUAUGAAAGAAAAGUGAAUAAAAAAUUUAUUUAAAUCUGUAAGUCAUG